AUGGCGAUAGAGCUGGAGCUGCUGAGCGAGACGGAGCUGCAGUCAAAAGCUCCAGCUGGGCGGCGCUUCCCCGUGGGCUGUCCGACGCUCGACCUGGCGGCAACCUGGGACCAGGACGACAAGAAUUUGCUCGUCUAUCGGCCUCCAGGCCAGAUUGUGUCCAAGAUCCAUCAGGCUGCUGCUCCGGGCGAGGCGGCGCCUGAAGUGUGUUCUGUUUCGUGGAGACCAGAUGGCCAAUUCCUUGCUCUAGGCUGGAGCGACGGCGUGGUGCGGCUGAUGGGCCUGGAAAACAACAAAGCUGCCCAUCAGAUUCCCGUAUGCGACAAGACCGAGGCAACCAUCACGCACAUCGGCUGGUCAACCGCCAUCAUCGCCACCAAGGCGGACAACGCCGUCUCCAGCAAGCUCGCGGACCAAGUCACCGAGGGAUGGGCCGAGCAGGGCGGCAAGGCGCCGCUGGACCUGCCCCAAGAGCUCACCUUUCUGGAGGUUGAGACGGCGCUGCCCAAGAUCAGCCCCUUGCCGAUGAGCAGUGCGGGCGCAGGAGAGGAUGCCACCGUCUUUACGCUCCGCAGCGGCAUCGACUUUCUCUUUCGCACGCCAAAGCGGGACACCUACAACCAAGUCAACGUCAUGAUCGUGGGCACCAGCGACGGCAAGCUGCAGCUGAGCAUCUACGACUCCUUCAUCAUCGGCACGUUCCCACAGCCAGCACUAGACUCUUUCGCAUCGAGUCCGUCUACUACGGCCUGCAUGAUACACCACGCAUCUCAUCCGCAAGUAUCAACCCACGCGCUCAUAUUUGCAGAAACCCAAACUGAGCCGCAAGAGCUCCAUCUCGUCCCCAUGGACCUGCCCUUCCUCUCCUUUUCUCCCAUCAACCUGUCCCUCUUAUCCUCAAAACUCACCACAUUGCAAGCCUUGCUGCGGUACCUGAAGCAGAUAUCGCUUCACAUGCAAGUAGAGUGGAAGAAUGCAAGAGAGCUCCCGGCUCGCUUCAUCCGUAGCGUACAGGGCGACCUCGAGGGAAUGGAAAAGGGUCCCAGGGACAUUGUUUCUGCCCUAUUCCACACUGCAAUGACUGGCCAUGCUUACCCUGUCGGCCACAAACGCUGGGACAAGGCCGUCGUCUCCGGCCUCGAAGGCCUCCGCAGCCUCGUCCACCAGCACCUCCUCCCCGCCCUCGAGCGCUGCGCCAUCAUCCUCAGCCGCCUCCGCGGCCUCGCCCGCUUCCACAUCGACCGCGAGGACAUUGGCCUCUCGGUCCCGCACCUCAACCGCGUCCUCGACGUCAUCAGCUGCCUGACCCUCGUCGGCCACAAGAUCCUCGUCCACACGAUGGACGAGCUGCAGCACUUCUCCGCCUUCUCCGCCUGGCUCCGCUUCCAGAUUGACCAGCUCGCGGCCGGCUCCAGCGGCACCGCUUCAAACGACGAGCUCACCGAAAAGGAGGCCAUGAUGGACCACACCAAAGUCCUCACCUACAUCGAGCGCUACCUCACAAACAGCCCGCUCGACAUCUUUCUCGACGACAUUCCCAAGGACGACUACGCCUCGGACUGGAAAUCCAUCGACGACGGGUUUCCCUCGUCGCUGCUCGACGUCCUGGACAAGCAGCUCAAGAAGCACGAGGCCGGCCGCGGCCAACAACAACAACAACAACAACAACAACAACAACAACAACAACAACAACAACAGCCCGGUAGCAUGAUGAAGGCCCUCCCACACGUCGACUUCCUCGUCAACUACGCCACGACCUGGUCCAACCGCAUCUUCAGCAGCGUCGCCGAGGCGAAGCGGCGCAGCGUCCGCUUCGGCACGCCCCUGAAGCUGGCCAUCGGAGGACAGCAUCCCAUUACCAAGAUGGACGUCAAGAUGUGCAGCGUCGACAAACGAGCAGGCACAAUCUUCACGGCGCUCGCGUCCCACCAGGAACCGCACAGGGUGCAUCUUUUCCGGGUGAACAUGGCUAUUACGAACGGCAUCAGCGAUAACCAAUCCGUGGAAACAUGCGUCGUCGAUCUCGGCACCCGCUCCCUCGUGGACUUGAAGUUUCUCGACGACAAGACUCUCAUCCUCUUCUGCACCAACAAAGACAAUACCCCCCUCAUCCUCUCCAUCCCCAUCCAAGACGACCAUAAACUCUCCUACAGCACCUACGACCCCGCGCAUCACACAGAGGUCGCCUCCAAAACAAACACCAAAGUCUUCCACAGGUUCACCCUACCUACGAGCCACCACGCGCUUCGACCCGUUCGCAUGGGGGUUCACGAGAAGAGCAACGUGCGAGGGGACUUGCCGGCCCGGAUCUGCCUCUUGGGUGGGAACCGUACAACGUGGCGCACGUAUGCACUUCCGUCCCAGGGAUAA